AUGUGAUAUCCUCUGUUUUUUAUUAGAAAUUAGUAUCAUUAAUGGUGAUAUAUGGCUUUUGAUAUAUCUCCAUUCCUCAAAGCAUUUGAUUUGUAACUUGUAAAGAGUUCUGUAUUUCGCGGUCGAGUGAAUCGAGGAAUGGUUUAUUGAGUUAAAGAUGAUGGUUAUGCUUAUUGUUGUUGAGACUUACCGUUGUUGAGGUUGGAUGAUAUGAUAUAUUGAUUUUUGCCAUCUAUGAUUGUGAAUUUGAGGUUAUUAAUCCUAAUGUAUUGUAACGUCGGUGAGUAGAUUGUGAUUCCGCCAGUGGCUAGGUGUUCCAGAACAUUCUUUUUACAUGGAUUCAUAUGUUUGAGGCCUUGGAUAUGUUUAUACAUGUUGAGGUGUGAGCAUCACUAGAGUAGUAAACUUAAACUCGUGGUAUUUGUUUUCGUAGAUGUGCUUUUUUUUGCCAUUCGGGCUUUGGAUGUAAAGAAAAGUUGCUUGUUUUGUUUAGUUAUCCAUAAUGUGAGUUUGAGUAGGACAUGUGGAGGCUUUAGGCAAGCUUGAAUAGGAAAGAGUUUACAGAUCAAUGGGAUUGGCGUAGUGUUUUGUUAUUUGAAAGAAUGCAUUCAUAACAUAGAUGGUAUCUGGUUCAUGUGAAGUGAAUAGCUGUUUCUUUAUUCCUGUCGAUUCUUUGUAGAAUUCGAUUCAUAUUGACUUUUCUGAAGUGGAGCUGCAUUCGUUUUCAGCCGGUAUUAACUCAUCAAUCGUUUUUGGUAAGAUAUUUUGCCAAACUUCAGCAAAACUAUAUGGGGAUGGUGUGUGAUCCAGAUCCUGAUGUAGUACGUUGGGGGCUUCACCACCUCUUCGACGUUUCCUCGUUAGCAAAAAAUCACUCGCCACCAGCUGUGACGUGCUAUGUGGAGGACAUGUCAGCAACGUAUACAUUGAAGGAGGAGUUCUGCAAUACAGCAGAAUCCGUAGUUGAGAACGAUAAGGCAAUCGCUCAAGCUCUUCAGGAUGAGUUCAUAAGGCUCGAUACUGCAAAUGACCAGGGUUCUGUGUCUUCACGAGAAGAACAACAUCAAAAUGAAUCGAUUCUCAGUCAGAAUUGGCCCUUCAGCUCUGGUAGGGAAAAGGCUGAAUCAGCUGGGUCAGCCUUUUAUUCGGUUAUUGAUGGUGAAAUGGAGAAAAGGCUGAAUCAGCUGGUUCCUAUUCCUCAUGUUCCUAAAAUCAACGGCGAGAUACCCUCCGUUGAUGAAGCUACAUCAGACCAUCAAAGGCUUUUGAACAGAUUGCAAAUGUAUGACUUGGUUGAACUCAAAAUUUUGGGAGAUGGAAACUGUCAGUUUCGUUCGUUAUCUGAUCAAAUAUAUCGGGCCUCAGAUCAUCACAAAUUUGUGAGAGACCAAGUGGUCAACCAGCUGAAGUUACGACGAGACUUGUACGAAAAUUUCGUCCCAAUGCCUUAUGGUGAUUACAUAAAGAAAAUGAGCAAGAACGGGGAAUGGGGUGAUCACCUCACGUUGCAGGCUGCUGCAGAUUGGCUUGGCAUCAAAAUUUUCGUCGUUACAUCAUAUAAGGAUACAUGCUACAUCGAGAUCCUUCCACAGACCGAACAGAAGUCUGAUAGAACUAUAUUCUUGAGCUUCUGGGCCGAGGUUCACUACAACUCGAUAUAUCCAUUAGGAGAGUGGCUGGAGACACUACCGGAGAUUGAAAAUGAUUCGGCUAUUGAUGGUGAAUUGGGGAAAAGGCUGAAUCAGCUGGUUCCUAUUCCUCAUGUUCCUAAAACCAACGGCGAGAUACCCUCCGUUGAUGAAGCUACAUCAGACCAUCAAAGGCUUUUGAACAGAUUGAAGUUGUAUGAUUUGGUUGAACUUAAAAUUUUGGGAGAUGGAAACUGUCAGUUCCGUUCGUUGUCUGAUCAAAUAUACCGGGCCUCAGAUCAUCACAAAUUCGUUAGAGAACAAGUGGUCAACCAGCUGAAGUUACGACGAGACUUGUACGAAAAUUUUGUCCCGAUGGCUUAUGGUGAUUACAUAAAGAAAAUGAGCAAGAACGGGGAAUGGGGCGAUCACCUCACGUUGCAGGCUGCUGCAGAUUGGUUCGGGAUCAAAUUGUUCGUCGUUACAUCAUACAAGGAUACAUGCUACAUCGAGAUCCUUCCACAGACUGAACAGAAGUCUGAUAGAACUUUAUUCUUGAGCUUCUGGGCCGAGGUCCACUACAACUCGAUAUAUCCAUUAGGAGAGCUGCCAGAGGAAGAGAGUAAGAAGAAGAAGAAGCGAAGGUGGUGGUGAUCAUUGCAUGCAGGGCUCACUAUGUGGCUCGUCGAAGCAUCUACUCUCUAGCUGUGCAUAGCUACAUGGUUGGCAACAUUUGAUUGCAUAUUCUUUCAUUAUUCAAUUUCAUUUAGUUUGUAGAUUAGAAUUUUAGGGAGCCCUGUUUAUUCUCUUGUAGGUUUCCAUGUGUGUACAGUAAUAAAUCUUCACGCCGACAUGCGUGUUCGUCUCGUAUUUUAUUUCAUCAGUGCACGUCGUGUGUACGAUAUAGUGAAAUACGAGAUGAAAUAAAGACGUAUAUAUAUUAAGUUUAGAGCCAA